AGACUGCGCAUGCCCGCGUCUGCUAACACAUGGCCAGCGAUAUUCGUCCGUUCAUCGAACGAGCCGAGCAAGCAGAAAAGCUCGUUCAGCAACUUCGCUCUCAAAUCGCUGCUCUCGAACAAGCCGCUCAGUCGCGCUCUUCCGGAGACGACGAGUUAAUCCGUUUAGAAUCAGACAACAACAAGCUAAAAUAUCAGCGUUUGCACUUGAAACGGAGUAUUGCCGAAGAAGAAGCUAAACUUGUACCAAGGAUGCCUUCUGUGGUUGGUCGUGUGUCUGCUGUGUGUGCUCAAGCCAUUCGAGCAGCUUUCCCUACCCUGGCAAAGCCUCCAGUUAUAGUCCUGCCAGCUAAGAAGGGUGCUGACUACCAAUGCAACAGUGCAAUGAGCAUAGCUCAAACGUUGAAGGCGAUGCAAGGGAAGAGUGUCCCACCGAGAGAAAUAGCCGCUAGUAUAUUGAAACAUAUGCCUGCUGAUGAAGUUGUCGAGAAGGCUGAAAUUGCCGGGCCCGGUUUUAUCAACUUGUAUCUUCGACCUUCGUUUGUGUCGGAUCUAUUGAAGGAUGUUCUUCUGAGCGGCGUUAAGCCACCUGCUGUAGACCGAAGAAAGCGAGUCAUUGUUGAUAUGUCUUCACCAAACAUUGCCAAAGAGAUGCAUGUUGGACAUCUCAGAUCGACGAUCAUUGGCGACUGCAUUGCCAGAAUGUUGGAAUUUGUUCAACAUGAUGUUCUUCGACUGAAUCAUGUGGGUGAUUGGGGAACACAGUUUGGAAUGUUGAUCGCUCACUUAAAGGACAGAUUUCCGAAUUACUUGACUGUGUCACCUCCUAUAGGAGAUCUACAGAAGUUCUACAAGGAAUCAAAGAAACGAUUCGAUGAAGACCAAGAGUUUAAGAAACGAGCGUACAACGACGUUGUUUUGCUUCAGGGAGGAGAUCCGGAUGUGAGGAAAGCUUGGAAUAUGAUCUGCGACGAGUCUCGAAAAGAGUUUGAUAAGAUCUACGAUAGGUUGGACAUCAAGAUAGUUGAACGCGGAGAGUCUUUCUAUCAACCUCUGAUGCCAGGAGUAGUAAAGGAUUUGGAAGAGAAAGGUGCAUAUAUCGUGUCAACGAACUAUUUUGUACUCAUUGUAUACGUUUCUAUAGGCUUGAUAACUAUGGAUGAGGGCAGGAAAGUUGUGUUUGUGCCAGAAGAUAAAGUUCCACUGACUGUUGAGAAGAGUGAUGGAGGAUACACAUACGAUACAUCGGACAUGACAGCUCUUCGACAUCGUGUGUUUGAUGAGCGUGGAGAUUGGGUCAUAUACGUUGUUGACUCGGGCCAGGGUCAACAUUUUAGUUUGGUGUUUUCUGCUGCUCGUCAAGCUGGAUAUUACAAUCCUGAGCAUGUUCAAGUCAACCACGUGGGCUUCGGUGUUGUUCUUGGGGAAGACAAGAAAAAGUUCAAAACACGAACUGGAGAUACGGUCCGCUUGAUCGAUCUACUGAAUGAAGGACUGAGUCGCUCACUGGAAAAAUUGAAAGAGAAAGGUCGCGACAAGGAGCUGACUGCUGAAGAACUAAAGGCUGCGCAGGAGGCUGUUGCAUAUGGUUGUAUAAAGUAUGCAGACUUGUCGAAAUGUCGUGUUAACGAUUACGUCUUCUCGUUUGACAAAAUGUUGGAAGAUCGAGGAAAUACUGCUGUGUAUCUUUUGUAUGCAUACACCAGGACUAAUGCCAUCUAUCGAUUGGGUGGUAUCGAUCGAGAGAGUCUGAGGAAAGAAGCUGUUUGUAUUCCUAUCAGCUUAGAGCAUCCCAAGGAGCUGAAACUGGGAAAGUGUAUUGUCCAAUUUGCAGAAGUCGUGUCCCGGUCGAUCUCUGAGUUGUAUCCGCACUAUCUGUGUGAUUACAUGUACGAGUUGGCAACGGCAUUCACCGAGUUCUACGAUGUCUGCUAUUGCAUUCAAAAGGAUCGAAUGACUGGGGAGAUUGUGAAGGUUGAUACGAGCAGGUUGCUGUUGUGUGAGGCCACGGCAAUGGUGAUGGCAAAGGGUUUUGAUCUACUCGGAAUUCGAUGUGUCGAGAAAAUGUGACGCUGUUGUGUGACAAGAAUAGAACAGUGAUUGGCGAUGUGGUGUGUUGUGCAUAAAGUGUGAGAUUUGACUUAAAUGAAAAAUAUGGAAAAUUUG